AUGCAAAAAGUCGAUAGUCUUGUCGAAAAAGCGCGCCAUCUAUCACUGCGCCAAUCUACAAGCACCAGCUCAGGCACAGGCUCACAGUCCGAGACACACUCAGUGCUUGAUACGCAUCUCCAGAAAAUCUAUCAGUCUUUCGAGAAGAUUUCAAAUGAGGACUUUAUCAACCAUGUCCAAUGUGAUUCUGCACGGGAACAGGAGCAGAAAAAGAAGGACAGCGAUACUCCUACUCUAGAUCCAUUGGGUUCUUUAGAUGCGUUUCAGGCAUAUUUGAAGGAUCCGGGUUCUGAUGCUGUGGGACCAGUCAAGGAGUUGGAUCUUUCAGCGCCUAUUUCGGAUUAUUAUGUUUCUUCGAGUCAUAAUACUUAUUUGACAGGCAAUCAACUUUAUAGUGAUGCUGCCGCAAGUGCGUAUACAUCGGUACUUCUGAGUGGUUGUCGCUCUGUUGAGAUUGAUGUUUGGGAUGGUGAGCCUAUUGGUCCCGAUCAGGCUGAUGCGGAAACUGGUAGUAGCGAGAGCAGUGGUCCCGAGGACGAGGGGAAGAAAUCAACUCUCAAGUCAAGACUUAAGGAAACGAUCAGAUCCAAGUUUGACACGGAAGAGAAGGCAGCAAAGGAGGUACUUGGAGAUGCGCUGCAUAGAAAGAAGUCCAAGACUUCUGAUGCUGCUAGUGGUGAAAAGGAUGAAUCGGCACAGACGGUUAUCCUUGGAGAACCGCGUGUAUUGCAUGGACAUACUUUAACCAAGGGCACUAAGUUUCGUGAUAUAUGCUAUGCUAUCCGGGAUAGUGCUUUUGUGAACAAUGAUCUCCCUGUGAUCGUUAGUUUUGAGGUUCAUGCAUGCUUAGAGCAACAGGAGAUUAUGGUUGAGAUUAUUAAUGAGGCGUGGAAAGGUCUUCUCGUUGAGGUUCCUUCUGAUAUCGAUGCUGAUAAGUUGCCUACAUUGGGCGAACUUAAGCGUAAGAUCUUGAUCAAGACCAAGUCGACGCCUUUACCAAAGGUGGAGCAACUUCUUGGGGGUAAGACGGAGGAGAGCACCGAGUCCGUGGAUGAUAGUGGUGAUGAGACUGCGGAUCCUCAGCAGAAACCUGCGAAGCCUUCCAAGGUCUUGGAGGCCCUUGCCAAAUUAGCGAUCUACACUCGAGCUUACCACUUCAGCCACUUCGAUCAGCCAGAGGCCAAGGUCCCAGUGCACGUCUUCUCGCUUUCCGAGAAAGCAGCCCGGGAUGCACAUGAGAAUUACCGCGACGAGUUAUUCGCACACAACCGCCGCUCAUUGAUGCGUAUUUACCCCUUCGCACUGCGUGUCACAUCAUCGAAUCUUGACCCAUCUUUCCACUGGCGUCGAGGCGCACAACUAGUUGCGCUGAACUGGCAAAACCUCGACAAGGGCAUGAUGCUCAAUCACGGCAUGUUCGACGGCACUGCAGGCUGGGAACUAAAGCCAAACGGAUACCGCAGUUCCGAAGCAGCCACUGACUCCAUUCCCCGCACGACACUGGAUUUGGCUAUUGAAAUUUUCGCGGCGCAGGAUCUAGCGCUCCCGCCGAAUCAUACCGAAAGGGGGUUCCGUCCCUAUGUCGUCUGCCAAUUACAUGUUGAGGAGCCCGCGACUUCUGUUGCACCUGAUCGUGAUGAUGCAAGCUCAGACACGGAGAAGAGCAGUUACCGGCGUCGUACAAAGACAUCGGCCGGGACGAAUGCGGACUUUGAGGCGCAGAAGUUGGUCUUCCCUACUGCGACGGGUGUCGUAGAAGGGUUGAGCUUUGUCCGGUUCAAAAUCAAGGACGACGAAAUCGGUCGUGAUCCCUUAGCUGCGUGGACGUGCAUUCGGCUGGACCGAUUACGAGAAGGAUAUCGGCUCAUUCAACUCCGAGACAGCACCGGGGAAAACCCAGGCGGUGCACUAUUGGUCCGGAUCACGAAGCAAAUUUCCUAA